AGAGAGAGAGGUUAGAAGUGCCUCUGAUACAUCACAGAGAGAGAGAGAGAGAGAGAUGGGCGUGUGGUGUUGGAAGCUUAAAUUGGGUGUGAUGCUAGGGCUGAUGUGUAAUAUAAGCAGUAUAAGCGAGUCAAAGAAGGAGAUAUGGAGGUGGGAAGAGCAGGAAGCAGACAUAGUAGAGAGAUUACCAGGCCAGCCUGCAGUGAAGUUCAAGCAAUAUGCAGGUUAUAUCACUGUCAAUCAGUCUCAUGGAAGAGCGCUCUUCUAUUGGUUCUUCGAGUCCUCUCAUCAACCUCACCAAAAACCUCUUCUCCUCUGGCUCAAUGGAGGUCCAGGAUGUUCGUCAAUUGGGUAUGGAGAAGCAGAGGAGCUAGGACCCUUUUUUCCCCAGAAUAGCACCAAACCGAAGCUCAAGCUGAACCCUUAUUCUUGGAACAAAGCUGCAAAUCUUCUGUUCUUGGAAUCCCCCGUCGGAGUCGGAUUUUCCUACACCAAUACCAGCACUGACAUUCAGCAACUCGGCGACACAAUCACCGCCAAGGAUUCAGACACGUUCAUGGUGAAGUGGUUUCGGCGGUUUCCACGAUUCAGAUCGCACGAAUUCUACAUCGCAGGGGAAAGCUAUGCAGGGCACUACGUUUCCCAAAUGUGCGAGCUGAUUGUGAAGAAGAACAGAGAUGGGAGCAAAGAGGAGUACAUAAACUUGAAAGGAUUGAUGAUGGGGAACGCAUUACUGGACGACGAGACAGACCAAAAGGGGAUGAUAGAUUAUGCGUGGGAUCACGGCGUCAUAUCAGAUGGCCUGUACCGGAACAUAAGCACCAAGUGCGAUUUCAGGCGGCGCAAUCAAUCCGAGGAGUGCAGAGUGGAGCUGGAUAAGUACUUUGAUGUGUACAAGAUCAUUGACAUGUAUAGCCUCUACGCUCCCACCUGCACAUCAUCAACAAGACCCGCGCGCAGGGGAUACGGAUACGGAUACGAUCCGUGCGCAUCAGACUACACAGACAAGUACAUGAACCUUGCUCAAGUCCAGAAGGCCCUGCACGCCAACAACUCCCGCAUUCCUUAUCCCUGGACCCAUUGCAGCAAUAGUAUCACCUUUUGGAACGACGCGCCUUCCUCCAUGCUUCCUCUCCUCAACAGCCUCAUUGCCGCGGGUCUCCGCAUCUGGCUUUACAGUGGCGAUACGGACGGAAGAAUUCCGGUAACCGCAACCAGAUACACCCUCAAAAAGCUCGGCCUCCCCAUCGUUCAGGAUUGGACUCCUUGGUACGCUGGCAAGCAGGUAGGGGGGUGGACGGUUUUAUACGACGGGCUCACUUUCGUGACCGUCAGAGGUGCGGGCCACCAGGUCCCUUCUUUUGCUCCUCAGCAAUCUCUUCAGCUGUUCCAACAUUUCUUGGCCAAUCAGCAAUUGCCACGCCAUCCAAUUUGCUAAUUGUUAUAUUGUAUAACUAGGCAGGCAAUUGGUGUAUUUGUGCAAGUAAUAGCAUGAUAAUCCUAAAGAAUUAAAGAUACUGAGUAUGGAUUAAAUAGUUUACUUGUUAAGUAAGAAAUUGUCUGA